AUGGACGCCACGACAGACCGGCUGCUGGUGCUCAAGGGGGACGGCCUGGAGUUCGAGAAGCUGGAGGGGCAAAUCGCGGAUCUCGGGAAGCGGCGGGACGCGCUCAACGCGCGGCUGAUGCAGCUGGGGGAGGCGGGCGCGGCGCUGGCAGAGAUUGAGGCGGCGAGCCGCGAGUUGGGGGAGGUGGACGAUCUGGAGCAGACGCUCAGCGAGCGUUGGCUGGAGCUGGCUGAAAUUGCCGGUGACAUCUGA